CGAUACAAGUAACCUAGUUUGUUAUUUAUCUUGUCGAAAUCAUAAUUCAUAUUCCUUUCUCCUGCCGGCUAUCAGUCACCACCACCAACCAACACCAGUUCGAACCAUAUUCCCAACAUCUACACCUACAUAUUCCAAAUCACCACCCAGAUAGCCAGCCACGAUGACUUCCUCGCAAAAGCGCAUAGGCAAGGAACUGCAAGAAUGCAUGUCCUCCCCUCCAACCGGAAUGGUCAUCACGCUCCCCUCCGAAUCCGACAUCCACCACUGGACCGCGACCCUAGCCGGCCCCCCCGGCACCGUCUACAGCGGCGGCAUCUUCGCCCUAUCCAUCGUCCUACCGCCAGACUACCCCUUCAAAGCACCGCUAGUAACCUUCACAACGCGCAUCUACCACCCCAACGUGACCAACGAUAGUGUCGGGUCUAUUUGCCUAGGUAUGCUAAAGCCCGAGAACUGGAAGCCCGCGAGUAGGGUCCGCGCCGUGCUCGACGCCGUGCGCCAGCUCCUCAUCGAGCCCAACCCCGACGACCCCCUCGAGCCCCGUAUCGCCGACGAGUAUAAGAAUAAUCUCCGCGAGUUCGAGAAGACGGCUCGUAGUUACGUUACCCGCUAUGCCCAGCAGCCUACCAAGAAAUAAGUGGCUGCUACUUACAUAUCUGGUAAUUAUCUGGUAGCCUGAGAGGCUGAUGGGGAGGAUUAUUAGUUGGACAGGUGGACGAACAGAUACCCCGUUUUCCAUUUCCACGAGUGAGUAAACAAGUGAGAUAACCUGGGAAUAUUUCUCGCAGGAAUGGUGGUUACAUCUGGAUCCGGGGAAGGGAGAAGUUGCUUGUGAAAACAAGACGAGCAGACGCAAGCCCUAGGUACCUGUUACCUGUUACGACGAGACUAAAAUCCGAAGGCUAGGGUCGUUCAAAACCCAUCAUUUUCCUACACCAU